GCUGGGUUCCUCCUGGUGGGGACAGCUCUGCCGGGGGGUGCAGGAUCCGCUCGGAUGUCCCGGAGGAGCCUGGCUAAAUGCAGGACUCAGAGGCUCCACCUGUCCCCAAAGGUGAUGUCCAACAAGGGGCUGAGCCAGAGAGCAGCUGCAAGAUAACCCUUGUGGAGAAGCUGCAGGGACCCGAUGAAGAGGCAGUGGUUGACCAAGGAGGAACGAGCAACGUUGUCAAUAUCCACUAUGAGAAGGAGGAGCUGGAAGGACACCGGACGCUGUACGUGGGUGUGCAGAUGCCCCUGGUGAGGCAGAGCCACCGGCAUCACCGGCCCCGCAGCCAGAAGCAUCGGAAGCGCGAACGGGCGAAGGAGGCAGCCCCCGAAGAGCAGGGCUACCACUACACGCCAUCCCAGCGGGUGCAGUUCAUCCUCAGCACCGAGGAGGACGAGCAGCACGUCCCUCAUGAUCUGUUCACCGAACUGGAUGAGAUCCGCGUGAAGGAGGGCGAGGGCACAGAGUGGAAGGAGACAGCGAGGUGGCUGAAAUUCGAGGAGGACGUGGAAGACGGCGGCGAGCGCUGGAGCAAACCCUACGUGGCCACACUCUCCUUGCACAGCCUCUUUGAGCUGAGGAACUGCAUCAUCAAAGGCACAGUGCUGCUGGAUAUGUGUGCCAACAGCACCGAGGAGAUCGCAGAUAUGAUCCUGGACCAGCAGAACCACUCCAGUGAGUUUGAUGAGAGCAUGCGGGAGAAGGUCCGGGAGGUCCUUCUCAAAAAGCACCACCACCAGAAUGAGAAGAAGAGAAACAACCUCCUCCCCAUCGUCCUCUCCUUCGCUGACAAGCCAGCCCAAACGCUCAUCCCCCAUCCUCCUCCCACCACCAUAGAAGCUAAAAAUGGGGUAAGCCACGACACCAGCCCCAUGGAUUUAAGCAAGGCAGAGCUGCACUUCAUGAAGAAAAUUCCCACUGGGGCUGAAGCAGCAAACGUGCUGGUGGGAGAGCUGGAUUUCCUUCAGCAGCCCAUCAUGGCCUUCGCCCGCCUCACCCCGGCCGUCCUCCUCUCGGGCAUGACUGAAGUCCCCAUCCCAACCAGGUUUCUGUUUGUGUUGUUGGGACCAGAAGGAAAAGCCCAUCAGUACCACGAGAUCGGCAGGUCCAUGGCCACGCUCAUGACGGACGAGGUUUUUCAUGACGUUGCCUACAAAGCCAAGAACCGGGCUGACCUGGUGGCUGGCAUCGAUGAGUUCCUGGAUCAGGUCACGGUUCUGCCACCAGGAGAGUGGGACCCAUCGAUCCGCAUCGAGCCCCCCAAAAACGUCCCUUCUCAGGUGGGUGCUGCUGUGGAGGGAGGUGUGAGGGGAUGGGGGGGAGACUUAUAAAUAAAUCCAUCUCUCUGUCUUAUGGCUGUUUGUACAGAAAAAAGGAAGAUGCCCGGAGCUCUGGAUGACAAUGCUUCUCACAGAAAGCCUGAAAAACACAGCGGCCCUGAACUGGAGCGGACGGGAAGACUCUUUGGAGGUUUGAUCCUGGACGUGAAGCGGAAAGCACCGUGGUUCUGGAGUGACUUUCGGGAUGCGCUGAGUCUGCAGUGCCUGGCAUCCUUCCUCUUCCUCUACUGUGCCUGCAUGUCCCCUGUCAUCACCUUUGGGGGGCUGCUGGGGGAGGCGACCGAUGGCCACAUAAGUGCCAUGGAGUCGCUGCUGGGCGCGUCCAUGACUGGCGUUGUGUAUUCCCUCUUUGCUGGCCAACCUCUCACCAUCCUUGGCAGCACCGGUCCUGUCCUCGUGUUCGAGAAGAUCCUCUACAAGUUCUGCAAGGACUACGCACUCUCCUACCUGUCCCUGCGGACGUGCAUCGGGCUGUGGACUGCCUUCCUCUGCAUGGUGCUGGUGGCCACGGAUGCCAGCUGCCUGGUGUGCUACAUCACCCGCUUCACUGAGGAAGCCUUCGCCGCCCUCAUCUGCAUCAUCUUCAUCUACGAGGCUCUGGAGAAGCUCAUCUGCCUGGGAGAGACCUACCCGGUGCACAUGCACAGCCAGCUCGACUUCCUCACCCUCUACUACUGUAAGUGUGCAGCUCCCACCCAUCCCACCAAUGAAACGCUGCACUUUUGGCAGAGCAAUGAGGUCAAGCCUGCAGCCAUCGCCUGGGAAAACCUCACCGUAUCUGAAUGUCGACAUUUGCAUGGAGAAUUUCAUGGACCCGCCUGUGGACACGAUGGCCCUUACACACCCAAUGUCCUCUUCUGGUCCUGCAUCCUCUUCUUCUCCACCUUUGUCCUCUCGAGCUCACUGAAGAUGUUUAAAACCAGCCGCUACUUCCCAACCAGAGUCCGGUCUACGAUAAGUGACUUUGCUGUUUUCCUCACCAUCGUUGUCAUGGUGGUCAUUGACUUCCUCAUUGGGAUCCCAUCACCAAAGCUCCACGUCCCCCAUAUGUUCAAGCCCACCAGGGAUGAUCGUGGGUGGCUCAUGAACCCCAUAGGACCCAACCCAUGGUGGACGGUGUUGGCUGCACUCAUCCCAGCUCUGCUCUGCACCAUCCUGAUAUUCAUGGACCAGCAGAUCACCGCCGUCAUUGUAAACAGGAAGGAGCACAGGCUGAAGAAAGGAUGCGGGUACCACCUGGACCUCUUCAUGGUGGCUGUGAUGCUCGGGGUGUGCUCAGUGAUGGGGCUGCCCUGGUUUGUGGCCGCGACCGUCCUCUCCAUCACCCACGUGAACAGCCUCAAACUGGAGUCAGGCUGCUCAGCUCCUGGAGAACAACCCAGAUUUUUGGGGAUACGAGAGCAGAGGGUCACGGGAUUGAUGAUCUUUGUGCUCAUGGGCUGCUCUGUCUUCUUGACUGCUGUGUUAAAGUUUAUACCAAUGCCUGUGCUGUAUGGCGUCUUUCUCUACAUGGGUGUAUCGUCGCUCAGAGGAAUCCAGUUCUUUGACCGCCUGAAGCUGUUUGGGAUGCCGGCCAAGCAUCAGCCCGACUUCAUCUACCUGCGGCACGUGCCGCUGCGCAAAGUGCACCUCUUCACCCUGGUGCAGCUCACCUGCCUCGUGCUGCUCUGGGUCAUCAAGGCGUCCCGUGCGGCCAUCGUCUUCCCCAUGAUGGUUUUGGCUCUCGUUUUUGUCCGGAAAGUCCUGGAUUUCUGCUUCUCGAAACGAGAGCUCAGCUGGUUGGAUGACCUCAUGCCAGAAAGCAAGAAGAAGAAGUUGGAUGAUGCCAAAAAUGAAGCCAAAGAAGAAGAGGAGUCUCAGCAAAUGAUGGAAGCUGCUGCUGCAAACUCAGUCCAGCUGAGCCUGGGGAAGACGAGCUACGUGGAUGUCCCCAAGCAGAACAGCAGGGACAGGACUGACCCUUCUGAGAUCAACAUCUCAGAUGAAAUGUCGAAGACAACUGUGUGGAAGGCUCUCACCAUGAAUGCAGAAAAACUCUGAAUCCGAGGAGGAAAAAGGUAAAAGUUGUCCUCUUUAGGGAUCUUGGCUUUGAAGGAGAGGAGCGAGAACGUGACUCAGGGAUGAGCCAGCGCAGCUAUGUUGGGUGGAGGAAGCAAACACACACCCUCCCUGGUUCUCUCCUCCAAGUAGCAGGAUUCCCAUUAAAGCCAUUUAAGACGUUUCCAGUUAUCCUUGGUGUGCUUCAGGCAUUCAGUAUCUCUAGACCAGCAAUCUGAGGUGCACCUUGCUGUCAGUGGGAGCUCGGUGUUGCUCAGCCUCCGUGUGUACGUGUGUGUGUGUGCGUGUGUCGUCGCGGUCUGUGGUGGUAGAGGGACAGCUGCCGCUUGGUCAUUUAGUGCUAUCUAGGUUUUUUUUAAUAUCUAAUCUUCCCCCCCCACUCCCCCCAUUUCCCUUUUUCUGUCCAAAUAUAAACUCUGAAUGUACAAAAUAAUUUUCUGUUAUAUUUGACGCAUUCUACACUUCCUUCUUCGUCACUGCCAGAUUUUGGGUUUGGAUCGGAGUCCUUGCUUGGAUUCGCUCUUCCCUUCUAUCUCUUACUGGUGUGGGAGAGAUGUCCUUUGUGGUGGGAAGUGCAGAGAGAAAGGAGAGGUGUUUGUUCCAGUUUUGCCAUCAUGUUUUUGCUUUGACCCCAGAAUCAGCAGGUGCCCACAGAAUGAGUUGGAAUCGAGUGAUCUUUAACAACUCAACAAUCCUGUGGUUCUGCGAUCUUUGAGGUCCCUUCAACCCAGUCUUCCUAUGAUUCUAUAGCCUUUAAGAUCCUUUCCAACUCAACCGUCUUAUGGUUCCAUG